UUGGAAUUGUUUUUUAAAAAAUGUUUUCUGGGUUUACGAGAAACCGAUUUGUAAUUAUUUAAAUUUUGUUCAAUAUAAGAUAAAUUGGAAUUUAUAAGAUCAAUAAUUUCCAGUUUUUGGUUUCAAGAAGUAGAUUUAAAAAAUUUAAUUUAAUCAUUUCCGUUUAUAGAAAAUUUCAUCAGAGCAAACUUAAUUCUUGGAAUACCUCUAAAGUUUCGAAACUGAUGUACUAGGCAUUUCCAACAACUGCCAGCUAACGAGAAGAUAACUUUACAAGAAUUUAAAAUCUAUAUUAAAUCGCAGGGUCUGGGUGUGUGCGUGUGUGUUGGGUGAGUGUGCGUGUGUAUCUGUGUGAACUAAUAUUACCCAAACGAGAAGUUGCAUUUACAACACUCAGAAAAAAAGCAGCCAACAAAACAAAUUGUGUGUAUAUAUUUGUAAAGCUUAUAUCUGCUCGACAGACCAUUAUCUUUAGCUGUUGCUACAUCACACACACACACACUCAUCCAGCCACUUUCACACACAAAUCGCCAAUUUACUUGAAGAGAAAGUCAUAACUCAAAAAAGCGAUUUUCAAAAUGCAUUAAAGCGGAGACAAAAAGCUAAAAUUUUGACAAGUUUACAGAAUACCCAGAAGUAUAAAAAACUGCAUUGAUUUUUGAGCUAUGACACAUUGUUAGUAAAUGUGCAAAAUGCAAAAGGUUGAGCCUAGGAAAUUUGUAAGGGGUCUGCGCCGUGUGCAGACCACGCCCAUUUGGGCGUCGAAGGAACCCGCCGGCGGGUUAGAAAUGAAAAACAAAAUAAAAUAAAAUGGCAAGGAAUAAGAAGGGCAUGCUAAGAUUAACUUUAAACCGAAAUGCAGGCAGUGGAGAUCGAGUGGAAUACAAUUAAAUUAAAAGCCUAAUAUUAUCAAUGUAAAAUCGUAUGUAAAAACAAAAAAACAAGGCAGAAAUCUAUAAAAAACUGACAAGAAAACCAACCAGAAAAAAAAUGAACAAAAAAAUACAAAAAAGAAACUGAGAAAUAAAUACAUUUACAUAGAUGUUGCAAAAAUCAAGAGAACCGAAGCUCCUCCCAUGGAUUCCCGAAACCCUCUCUGUAGAUUUGCGUAUCCUGUCAGUGAGCUAGCACUUCCGGUUCGACGGCCCCAUGUUUCUGGACGCCAUCUUCUUUAUACCCACACUCUUCACUUACCUGCUGAUCGGACUGCUCAUCGUCAUCCUGUGCUUCGUGGUGGUCUAUAUAAGCCACAAGAUCUACGUGUCUGUGUACGACAACCUGCCGCUGGCCGCCCUGCCCGGAACUUCACGUCAACAGCUCCUGGGAUUGCGUCACUCCAACCAUGCGACGACCAUGCGGGAAUACCUGGACGGCUCGCUCCGCAAUCCGCGCUCCAAUCAGCCCAGCCUGCGCUCCGUUUGGAUCCAGAACCGGUCGCAGAUCCUGGAGUCCUCGUCGGUCCUGCGCAUAGUGCUCUCCCUGGAGCCCUGCUACCUAGUCAGCGCCGAGUUCGAUGUGAGUUCAAGCCGCAAGGCCAUCAGUUUCUUGUGCAACUGCCGGGAUGGGCCCGUGUGUGCUGCCGCAGAACCAAGGCCUUCGGGAUCCGUGCACAUAGUCCGGUUCUUUGACCACCUCUCCAAGAUCCCGCGGCUCAAGGUCAUGCUGAAGUGCAACCAAAGGCGGCCGGAACCGAGGCUGGACAGCCGGGCGCAGUUGACCCUGGAAGAUGUGAUCCAGGAGGCCAAGGAAAGCCAGGAUGCCCAGUGCACGGAUAACGCCGCUGCCUGUCGACCUGUGGGCUCGCGUCGGAACUCCCGGCUACCGGAUUAAGCGGGUGUUGGAUAAUAGGGGGUGAUAGGCCGUCUAUAUAGCCAUAGAAUGCCUUAAUGUGGUAUAACUCGUUUUAUUAAAUUGUAUAUAAAGAUCAAUGGGGUGGAGGCCCACGGUCGACGGGUGGGUCAGUGGGUCGGGCGCUGAGCUCACGCCAGCUUAUGGGAAUCGCGUGACAACGAAGGUGAAAGUCAGCGGAACAGGGGCGUGCGUAUGUUUGCUAGCAGGGGUUAAAGUUUCCCUCUCCGGGAUUUUUAAGUUUUCAAAGUAGUUAGGAAUUGUUUCCGUAUUUUAUAAGUUUUAAAAAAGUUUUUUAGACCCCCUCUAUUAAUUGAAAGCAUGAAAGAUUAACAAGGCUUAUACCUUGUGUAAUCUAAAAUUAAGUUAUUAUUGCGAAUUUAAUGGCAUAAUAAACAAAUCAACAUUCCCAACAGCAUUUCCCGGAACAAAUCUAUAUCAAUCCAUAGCCGAAACAAAUCUGAAAUCUACAACUGAUUAGGUAUUUGUUGGAAUGCUGAUGAAGUUAGUCACGUUUCAUUAAAAUUUUUAGUGUUUAGCUAUAAAAGGAUAGAUAUUGUUAACAAUUCUAGAAGUUACCGGUAAUUAAAAAGGCCAAGCAAUUCAUUUGAGAUCAUAUAAAGAACCUUUAUAGGAGCUUUAAAAAAUUUUUUUAAAAUAUUUUAAUCUUAUAAUUUUUGAUAGUGUUUACUAAUAAGUAAAAUCUUGGUGAGUUUCAUUAUUUAUUUUUAUUUUUUAAGAUCCUAACUUCCUGUAUAUUCAAAGAAAGAUAUAAUUUAUGCCCACUCCCAUGACCCACAAUCUUAAUUUGUGUGGCCCGUGUUUUUUGAGGCUUAUCAUGUCGACUGUGGUAUUCCUUAUCAGUAGAUAAAGAGCUCUCCAGACCGGGCUAUCAUGCCCAAUUGCCGAAAUCACUAGCCCCCCAAACAGAUCUCGC